AGUACCAGCAUCGUCGCGUCGAGAUGAUCUGUCCUGACUCUUAAUCUUGAGGGAAGUAAUGAGCAAGCACACUGAUUUGUAGUUAUUUGCUCUCUGGUUGUCCAAAUCAGUAUCUUCAUUUUCCAGUAUUCCCUGAAGUGAUGCUAAUUCCUUUGAAUCUGAGGAAAGUACAAUUUUUGAAAAUUGAAUUAAUUGAAUUCUGAUGAUGUUGGACCAAGUUGAGUUCUACACGUAGUAUUGAAAGUAACAAUGCAAUCAUCGAUAGUAUAUUUGGCCUACAAAUAAAUGUUCCCUGGACAAGGAGUCAAACGGAGCGUGAAUGAUGAGUAGGGAGCGGAGUAACACUGACGAUAUCAUGGAGGCUAUGGAACUCUACAAGAAUCCUCUUGGUGGAGAUGAAGCGGAAACAUCCAUUGAUGCCGGUGUUACCGAGGCAGAUGAGCGGAAGCGCAGCCCCACGGCUGGUUCGGGAAGCUUUGAUGAAAUUGUGCUUGACUGGAAUUCUCUCUUCUCACAAGCCGACUGUGACAUUGAGGUAGCUCAGCUGGGACUCAAGGGUUUGCUUCGAGGGUGCCCGUUCAGAAGUGUCUGCUGGAAGCUUUUCCUGGGUAUAUUGCACGAGGAUCGCUCGAUGUGGUGCAGUGAAAUGAAGCGGCAUCGGAAAGAGUAUGCGGACAUCCAUGCAAGGUUCUUGGCGGAUCCUCGGCGCCAUGGAUCAGGUUCUGACACACCCGAUGUCACUGUGAACAAUCCUCUAUCGCUGGAUACAGAGAGCCCUUGGAAUAAGUACUUCCAGGACGAGGAGCUCAAGGCAAUGAUUGUGCGCGACGUUGAACGAACGUUUCCAGAGGUGGCGUACUUCCAAGAGCCGAAUGUCCAGGCCAUGAUCACGGACAUUCUGUUCUGCUAUUGUCGAGUUCACACAGAGAUGGGUUAUCGCCAGGGUAUGCAUGAACUUGUGGCCAUCCUGCUUCUAGUAGUUGACUGUGAUAAGCGCGAUAGCAGCAAUAUUGCAUCUGAUGAUCCAUGGGCGGAUGAGAUGCUUCUGUUGCUGAAUGGUGACUCGGUAGAAGCUGAUUCUUACAUCCUCUUCGCAGCACUCAUGGAAACGUGCUCGUUCUGGUUUUCUCACUCGGUUGGCUCCCCCGAGAGCGGCAGUGCGGCAGAGAUGAGCCCUCUGGCGAAGAAGCUCGAGCGAAUCCAGGAUCGGCUGCUGAAGAAGGAAGACCCAUUGCUGCACGCGCACCUGCAGAAACUGUCAAUAGUGCCCCAGCUGUAUGCAUUACGCUGGGUAAGGCUGCUCUUUGCGCGGGAGUUUCCGCUCCUGGACGUGCUCGUUCUGUGGGAUGCUAUUCUAGCAUAUAGUCCCAAUCUGGACUUGGUCGACUACAUUGCACUGGCCAUGCUGCUGGUGGCACGUGAACCACUGCUGAUGAGCGAUGAGAGCAUGGCUAUGAAGCUGCUGCUCAACUUCCCUCCUGUUGGAGACAUCCAUCUGAUAGUGCAGAAGGCGCUCUUUCUCAGGAAUCCCAAGGUUUACGAGAGGCCCCCUAACUGGCAGCUGGAAGAUGUCUCCACGGGCAGGGCUACUACCCUUCCUGCUUCUGCGCUGAAGAACAAAGCUGGUCAGAUUACACAAGGUGCACUUCUGUUGGCCGGAAAGGUUGGAUCGAGUGCAAUCGCCAAGCUGAAGAACAUCCCCGCACCGCGUGGCAGACCAGGCGUAGCAGACAGGUACGAGAGCUCUCCGCGCAGUCCGCCGAAGAAAUCUGCACACCCUGGCCUAUCACAGAGGUUGCGAGCGGCAGCAGUAACCCGUGACUCACAUACCUCAUCUGGGAAGGGAAUGUCCGCAGCAGCAGCGACAUCAGCAGGAGCGGCAGGAGCAGCAGCAGGCCACGGCGCUGGAGAAGAGUCUGAGAUGAUCCGCACGUCGGCACCGGCAGCAGCUCGAGACGCUGCCGAAACGUCACUGACUGCGCCCAGCGAUCUGUAUAACAAACGCUCUCUGUGUGAAAGCCCCUCGGUGGCCCUUACCCGCCUACAAGCGUCUUGCAUACGGUGUAGUCGGCACAUGAAUCUCUACUUGCGUGUUCUCCAGUCUGAUGUGCUGACCUUGAACUUACCGGAAGAGUGUGAAGACAGGGUGCUACGGUCCGUAGCUGGACUGAAACAGGUCCGUGAUGUCCUAUGUGGUGUACUGAGCAGUGAUGAAGUACAGUUCCAGUCUCUUGAAGGCCUAACGCUACCGGAGGGAGUAUUGUCAAGCACUGACAGCAUGCCACAGUAUGAUGAUAACUUUGAUGGGGCGGCAGGUAGCGGUGGUGGUGGUAGUGGUGGCGAUACGAGCGGAGAGCUCAGUCCCAUUGCUGCCGACCCUUACACCGGCAUUGGUGGUAGCGGCAGCAGCGCGGCCACUGGUGAUGUUGCUAGCAGUGCUGGUAGUGGUAGUAGAGGUAGCAGUGGCCUUGGUGUCGGCGGCGCUGGUGGUGUUGACGCUGCACAGUCUAGUGCCGUUCCUAGUGAAGUACGUCAUCCACUCACCAGCCUGGAUAGCGACUGAGAAAGUUUGUUCCGCCAGGCGUGUAUAUAACGGUGGUGUGAGUGUGAGUGCUGUACUGUACAUAUGGUCUGUCUGGAUUAGUCCUGUGCUAGGUAGUUCUGUUCUUAGUUUAGCAGUGUCUAUCUGUUGCAUUCCCUCGACCAAAUUCCCUGCAGCUUCUCGCGCGUCCUUGAUAUUUACUUGUUUUAGAAGUUAGAACUGUAAAGAGUAUCAGUGCACGCUGUGGGCGUUUGGAUAGUAUUUGAUGUUGCUCCGCAGCAGCUUACAUGCAAGUCUAGUAGAGAGAAUGUACUAAUCACCGUGAUUUUUCUUGAUGCUCAUCAAACCGAACAGUGCCAGUUUUCUGGUGUUAAAGUAGCGAUCCCGUCCGUGUUUGAACACGAGGGUUUUUAAAGACUAGUUUUUAUAUAAUAGGCCGCGUUUUAUUUUUCCGUGUUUCUGUGUACAUGUUUUGUACUGGUGAGUUUUGACAGUUUUAUGAUUAGCUCGGCUCUCUUACAAAGACACACACACACACACACACACACACACACACACACACACACACACACACACACACACACACACACACACACACACACACUGAUACACUAUUGUUCUUAUUUUUUUUAUCAUGUAAAAUCCCAACCAAUUCAGCUAACCUAAUCCUAUAGCAUGCAAGGUAGCAUAUCUGCUUUUUAUUUGUGUUAUUGCUAUAUUGUUAUUGCUGCUGGGGUACCUGUGUCAUUCUUUCACACGAUGCUCGUGUUCUAUACGCUUUGUUUAUUUUCCUGUGCAGGCAGUGCACGAUAGCGCAUCGCAAACCAUAAUAUAGAAUUCUGUCUAAUAUUUAACAAAAUGGGGUGGCAUUCCCUCACAUCA